AGUGAACAUUUGUUUCAAAGUCACAUAUAUACCUUUAACAAGUCUAAUAAAAUUCUUUAGUAGGGCAGCAGCCACUCAUCAGUCUUUUUCAUCAUAUGUAAGGUUGUUCAGAUAAACACCAAGUUAUAGAACAGAAAUUUACUUAAAACAGUUGUAUUUAGCAGGAAAAUCAUUUUUCUUUUCCAAAACUUUAACUAAAGAGGUAGCAAAUCAUACUUGAAAUUUAAUUAAACAACCAUGCCUUUUUGACUGGUUCUCUUGAGGCUUACCUAUUUUUUAAACAUAUAUUCCAUUUAUCCAAGGCUGAGAAGUAAUCUGCAGAAGAAGCCGGUACAGAUAACCAAGAUGUUCUAAAAUGGGGCCAAGAAUAACUAACUGUAUUGCAUGUCAGUACAAAUCCCAGUAAAUAGGUUUUAAGAUGGUUAGACCUUGCUGAGAGGUAGGGGGGAGGGUCUACAUUUUUUUCUUACCAUUCCUCCAAUGAGGCCUUGUUUCCACCUUUCUUCUUUUACCUGAACCUGCUCUUUGGCUACAGGGAAGGUACUUGUGGAAAUGCAUCCCUCCCAUGAUUGGAUCAGAGAAACAUCCUGAUAUCUCUACCCUACUGUGGAGACUUAUGUCACUUUCAGAUUCACAAGAUGGCAGUCAUUGAACUAUCCCCCACAUGGGCUCUGCCUGCACAAAAGUCUGCCAGCUUCUGUUUGAGAAAUACUGAAGAGGAAAGAAUGGUUUCUGGAUUUCCAACAGCCUGGUUACAGGAACUGGUUACCUUCAAAGAUGUGGCUGUGGAGUUCACCCAGGAGGAGUGGAUGAUGCUGGACUCUGCUCAGAGAAGUCUGUACAGAGACGUGAUGUUGGAAAACUAUAGAAAUCUUACCUUAGUAGAGUAUCAAUUAUGCGAGCCUACUGUGAUCUCCCCAUUGGAUGAAAAAGAGAUAAGAACUAUGAGAAGGAGAAUUGCCCAAGGCAUUUCUUCAGAUUGGAUGAUUCAUCUUAAAACCAAAGAAUCAUCUCCUAAGCAGGAUGUUUUGGGGGAGAAUCCAUCCAGUGGAAUGAAAAUAAGAUUCACAAUGGAUGAUUGGUCCUCCAUGUUAAGAGAACACUGGGAAUGCCAUAAGAUGAGAAAACAGCACAAGAUCCCAGAGGGACAUUGGAGGCAAGUGACAUAUACCCAAAAGAAAAUAUCUCAGGAGAGAUUCCAUGACUGUCAUGAAUUAGAGGAAAACCCUAAACUUAGAUCAAAACUUAUUUUUUCACAGAGACUUUACAUCAGUAAAUAUUGCCAUAAAUGUUACUCAGGUAUUGAAUGUUCAAAACAUAAUUCAAUCUUAAACAAUCAUCAGAAAAACUUUCUAAGUGAGAGGCUCUGUGAAAGUCAUGAAUAUGAUAAAACUGUGUGGCAUCUUGAAAGAACACAAACAGCACAAAAAGAGUACACAUGCUCCAAACAUGGUAUACUCUUCAAACACAAUAAUAUGCUUCCUAUACAUAACAAUUUUCAUAUGGUGGGGAAUUCCUAUGAAUGGAGUAAAAACAACAAAACCUUUCAUCAUCAUUCAUUCCUUAAGCAGCAGGAGCAAACCCAUACUGGAGAGAAACAUUAUGAAUGUGAUCAGUGUGGAAAAGCCUUCAAAAGGAUUUCUAAUCUUGUUUUGCACAAGAAAAGUCACAUGAGUGAGAAACAAUAUGAAUGUAAAGAAUGUAGGAAAGUGUUCAAUGAUUCCUCAACCUUAAAGAGACAUGUAAGAACUCACACUGGAGAGAAGCCCUAUGAAUGUAAUCACUGUGGAAAAGCUUUCAGUCAAAAAACAUCUCUUAAGGCUCAUGUGAGAACUCACACUGGAGAGAAACCUUAUGAGUGUAAUCAGUGUGGAAAAUCUUUUGGCACAAGUUCUUACCUUAUAGUGCACAAGAGAAUACACACUGGAGAGAAACUCUAUGAAUGCAGUAACUGUGGAAAAGCCUUCAACACAAGCUCUCACCUUAAGGUUCAUAAGAAAAUACAUACUGGGGAGAAUCUUUAUGAAUGCAGUGACUGUGGGAAAGUUUUUAGUGGUCUUUCAUCCCUUAGAAUGCAUGUGAGAACUCACACAGGAGAGAAACCCUAUGAAUGUAAGGAAUGUAGGAAAGCCUUCAGUGUUUCCUCUUCCCUUAGGAGACAUGUAAGAAUCCACACUGGAGAGAAACCCUAUGGAUGUAUUCAGUGUGGAAAAGCCUUCAGUCAGAGCUCUUCACUUAUUAUACACAAGAGAAUUCAUACUGGGAGAGAAACCCUGUAA